UCAAUCACCAUGGAACCUCAUAACACUACUCAUCUCUAAGUCUCUCUCCAGAAGCACUUAAACAAGAACAGAAGCAUGGACAGAGAAGAAGAAAAGAUGCAACUUCUAGGGUUCUUUGGGGUUUACAAAGAAUCCUACAAGCUCAUAUUUUCAUGGAAGAAGAUCUUCAGCCAGAUAACCCUCACUCUCAUCCUCCCUCUCUCCUUCAUCUUCCUCAUCCACAUCCAAGUAUCCAACACCCUCUUCGGCAAAAUCGCACACGACACCGAGGACUUAACCGAAACCCCCCGUGACACACCCCAACACCAAAAGCUUCUCGACCUUAUCUCCUCCGAUUGGUCCACUUUCUUUCUCUUCAAACUCGUUUACUUCAUUCUCCUCCUCAUCUUCUCCCUCCUCUCCACCUCCGCGGUGGUUUACACCGUCGCUUCCUUCUACACCGCCAAAGAGGUUUCCUUCAACAAGGUCAUGAGCGUCGUUCCCAGGGUCUGGAAGAGGCUCAUGGUCACUUUCUUGUGCACCGUUGCUGCCUUCAUCGUUUACAACGUUGUGGCAGGAGCGGUUACGCUCAUGUUGGCUCUUACAAUUGGUGUGAGAAACGUUGGUGCUGCGAUUUUGUUGGUCAUAGCGAUUUUUUAUCUAGUUGGGUUGGUUUACCUCACUGUGGUGUGGCUAUUGGCCAGUGUUGUGACUGUGCUAGAGGAUUCUUAUGGGUAUGAAGCGAUGAUGAAGAGUAAGGAGUUGAUAAAGGGGAACAUGGGUUUGUCCGUGAUGAUUGUUUUGAAGCUCAAUGUUUCGUUCUUUCUGAUACAGUUUUUGUUCACGAUGGUGGUGGUGAAUGGAGGGGAGUUGUUCAGCUUAGGGUCGAUGGACAGAACAAUAUAUGGGAUUGUGUGUUUCUUGCUGUUGUCUCAUUUGUUCUUGUUGAUGCUUGUUAUCCAAACUGUGCUCUAUUUUGUUUGCAAGUCCUACCACCGUGAGAUUGUUGACAAGUCUGCUUUGUCGGAUCAUCUUGAAGUGUACGAGUGCUAUGAGCCACUGAAGACUAAGGAUGUUAAUCUUGAUUACCAUGUCUAAUUGCUAGAUAUAUAUCAAACAUAAUGCAUGUAUCUGUAUGGAUCUUCAAAUAUAUAUGUUUACUGAUUUAUGGGUGUCUUAAGAAAUGUAUGUGAGAGAAUAAAUAUGUUAAUGAAGUGAAAUCCAGCUAAGGACGCCUUUAUGCA